AUGAGUUACCUAGGUAUAAAAGCCACACUCCCACCCGACAUGCUCUCAAACAUCCAGCAUCCUCAACCCAUACCUCACACAAAGAUGACCUCCCUCGAUAUCCCUCAAACCCAAACAGUCGCCUUGGUCCACAACCUCGGCGGCGAGGUCGAGUUCAAACACGACUAUCCCGUCCCAAAGCCCAACCGCAACGAAGUCCUCGCAAAAGUGCUAUACACCGGAGUCUGCCAAAGUGAUCUCCAUACCAAGUCCGGCACCGCAGCCGGACCAGACGGCAACCCCAUCACGAAGAUCAAGCUACCCCACAUUGGCGGACACGAAGGAAUCGGCCGUAUUGUCGCGCUCGGACCGGAUAUCGAGCAUGGAGAUGGUCUUAAGAUCGGUGGACUUGUUGGAAUUCGGUUCUCGAGUCGCAUCUGUCGACGGUGUGAGUUUUGUCUUGCUGGUAUGGAGCAGUACUGUGUGGCUAGCACGAAUCAUCUCCAUCAUGAGGAUGGGAGCUUUCAGCAGUAUAUUGCGCUUGAUGCGGAUUAUUUGACGCUUUUGCCGGAUGAUGUUGAUCCUAUGGUUAUGGGACCGGUGCUUUGCGCGGGGUUGACGGCGUAUAAGGCUGUGCUUAAUACUAAUGUUCGUCCUGGGUGCUGGUUGGUGGUUGUUGGGGCUGGUGGUGGACUUGGACAUCUGGCUGUGCAAUAUGCGAGGGCUCAGGGAGCUCUGGUUAUCGGUGUUGAUACGGGCGUGGGGAAGGGAGAGUUUGUCAAAAGCCUGGGCGCCCAGGAAUAUAUCGAUUUUGCUAUUGAGGAUCCAGUCCAACGAGUCCAGGAGAUCACCGGGCUAGGCGCGCAUGCCGCAGUCGUUACUGCUGGGAAUGCGAAAGCAUUCGCCCAUGCCUGUGACAUGCUGCGAGUCGGUGGCUCUCUUAGCUGUGUUGGGAUUCCUCCAGGCAGACCGUGUCUUGAAACCCCUAUUUGCACCAUUGUGAUUAAGGGUCUUCGAAUCAUCGGCAACUUGGUUGGAUCCUUGAAGGAAUGCAUGGAGGCCGUUGACUUGGUACGGCGCGGGGUGGUAAAUCCUGUUAUUCAGGUGAGACCUUUCAAGGAUCUGCCGCAGGUAUACCAGGAGAUGGAGAAGGGAGAUAUUUCGGGUCGAAUUGUUCUUCAGGUAACGGAAUAA